UUCCAUAAGGCGCUGUAACUGGAGUGGGUUACCGGUCUAUGAUGGCAACAUGAUCCUUUCCACUGAGCUGUGAAACAGUCAUACUGUCGGAAAACUCCGUUUUAGAUCUGCGUUAUAUUACAAGAGAUACAGUCUCUCAAUGACCCGCGGCAGUUCUUUAUUUGGUAAUCGGUCCUCCAACCUCUCAUGUCGCACGUACCGUGACAGGUACCAGGCUCAACGUUACGCGUAGGUGUUACGUUUAGUAUGACAGUAAAGUAAUUUCAUCGACUUGGCUAAGGACUGGUAAGAAGAGUGUUAGUAGACCUCAUAAAUGAGUUUCAAGUUCAUGGUGAGAUAAUAAGUUACCCAACACAUUUUUUUAGUUGCAUCAUGGUGGGACGUUAGAUGACUUAGCCUACUAUUGUAACCUAAUGAUGUAACAUCUCAGGCUGCUAUAAUGUAGUACGUUUUAAAAUAUUUAUUUUGAUAUAUGAAAUACUGAGUCUGAAACAUGCGGGCUACUGUCGUGCUGAGUUGUAACAUUUUUUUUAUUCUCAUGGAUACAAUCAUCUCAACAGUUCUAUAUGUCCGCGGCUCUCAGGUUGAUAUAUUUGCUGAUGAACUGAUGAGGUUUAACAUAUUCCAGUCAUCCUUGGACCUAUGGGGAACUCUGUCGGUCCGAGUUGCUCUGCUGCUAGGAGCCUCUAUAGGAGUCCUCCGGAACCGAGUAGAUGGCCCUCGUAGGGUCUCAAAACUGAGCACACUGACCACCCUUAUUUGCCUCACCAUCAUGACCUAUGCACUGACCAAGCUACUGAUGUUCUCAGAGAAAGAAGCUCUAUUGGUUGACCCUUGGUUUUUGAGCUUAGUCUCCUGGAGCUGUGUUUCGGCAAUGGGGACUAUGUACCUCUGGGGAAUCCUGGCAAAGACCUCUAAUGCUGUGAGGGACAGCAGUGGUGAGGAGGAGACGAAAAGGCUGGUGGACCCAUUGGCUGACAGCAGUUCUGAGCCGGAGGAUGAGGAGAGCAAAACGUUCAGCGGGAAGCACAGGCGGUGCAAAGGGGCCAAGGAGAAUUCUGACUCCCGUGCUACCGUGGGUCGCCUGCUGUCCUACUGCAAGAGGGAUUCCCUGCUGUUGGCUGUUGCCUUCUUCUUUCUCAUGGUCUCUGCUGUUUGUGAAGCUUUCAUCCCCUAUUACACUGGCAAGGCAAUUGAUGGGAUAGUUAUUCACCAGAGCAUGGAACACUUCACAAAACCUAUGAUCACACUAGCAGCACUGGCUUUUGUCAGUUCUAUAGCCAUUGGUGUUCGAGGAGGUGUCUUCUCCAUAACCUUGGCCAGAUUAAACAUCAGACUACGCAACCUUCUGUUUAGAUCACUCAUGCGUCAAGAGAUUGGGUUCUUUGAUUUAAACCAUACAGGUGACAUCACAUCACGUCUGACAUCUGACACCACACAGGUGAGUGAUUUGAUCUCGCUGAAUGUCAACCUUUUCCUGCGAAGCUUCAUCAAGGCCGUGGGCUUCUUCAUCUUCAUGUUUGGGAUGUCAUGGAAACUGACAUUAGUCACCAUCAUGGGCUUCCCCUAUAUAGCCGUUGUCUCAAAGAUGUAUGGGGAAUACUACAAGAAAUUGACCAAGGAGGUGCAAACAUCACUUGCUCAAGCCAACAAGGUGGCAGAGGAGACCAUAUCAGCCAUGAGAACGGUCCGCAGCUUUGCCAAUGAAGAGCAAGAGUCUGAGUCAUACUACAGCAAGUUGAUGGUCAUGUUCCAGCUAAACAAGAAACAAGCACUGGCCUAUGCUUGCUUCAUGUGGUCAAGUUGUAUAUCAGAACUGGCCCUGCAGGUAGCCAUUCUCUUUUAUGGGGGUCAUCUUGUUAUAACAGGUCAAAUGAGUGGUGGGACCCUCAUCUCUUUUGUCAUCUAUGAACUUGAAUUGGGAGAGUGCUUAGAGAGUGUAGCAUCCGUCUACACAGGACUAAUGCAAGGAGUGGGGGCCGCAGAGAAGGUUUUUGAGUAUAUUGAUAGGGAGCCUGAACAUCCGUCUGGUGGCAGCUCAGCUCCAGACCAUUUUAAAGGAGAAGUGGAGUUCUUAAACGUGUCCUUCAGCUAUCCCACUCGACCUGACACAGAGAUACUCAAGAAUGUUUCCUUCACUAUUCAACCUGGAGAGGUGACUGCGCUUGUGGGUCCAUCUGGGAGUGGAAAGAGCUCUUGUGUGGGUUUACUGGAGAAUUUCUACACUCCUAAUGAAGGCCAAGUGCUGCUGGACGGGCGUCCAGUGCAGGACUAUGAACAUGCAUACCUUCACUCUCAGGUGGCACUUGUGGGACAGGAGCCAGUACUGUUCGCACGGUCAGUUCAGAAGAAUAUUAGUUAUGGCCUGAAAGACAUUGCCAUGGAUGUUGUGGUUGAAGCAGCUGCUAAGGCCAAUGCACAUGACUUUGUAGUUGGCCUCCCCCAAGGCUAUGAAACAGGGGUGGGAGAGAAGGGAGCCCAGCUGUCAGGGGGGCAGAAACAGCGCGUUGCCAUCGCCCGGGCUCUCAUCAGGGCCCUCAUCAGGAAACUGGAUGAGCGUCCUCAUACUGUUCAGCAGGCCCUGAAUGAUAUCAUGCAAGAACACACAGUGCUGAUGAUCGCUCAUCGCCUGAGCACCGUGGAGAGGGCCAACAACAUCAUUGUGAUUGACAACGGCCGUAUAGUAGAUCAGGGGACGCAUGCUGAACUCAUGGCCCGGAAAGGACUGUACUUCAAGUUGGUCCAGAGGCAGGUCCUGGGUAUAGAAACAGGAGCAGACCUACUUAACCCUCCCAAGGACUUGCUGUGGAAGGCGGUGAAUGGUAGAGCAGAGAGUGGAGAAGAAAGCAGUGACUCUGAUAGCAAUGUAAAGUUGUAAAGGACUGCAGUGCUGCAUUUACAUCAUGCUGUGAAUGUUGUUAUGCCUCUUGAAUCAGAGAUUAUUUAUAUCCAAAGUAGUCUAUGUGAGUCUUUGUAAAGAUGUCCUCUUUAAUGGAAAUUAUUUAAAAACAUAAUGCAAAGAAACACAUUUAAAUUACUUGGUUCCAUAAUUCUAGGGACAUUGUCACAUUUGCAUACCCAUGCAAUAAACUUUGUCUUAAGAAUGA